AUGGCCUGGUUUCAUAACAACCGGCCAGUCCACGAGGACUGUCGCAAGGUGAUUCGCACUGAGAGUGAGGAGCACAUGCACCAUGCCAGCCUGGAGGUGUGGGAUGUGCGGGAGCAUGAUGCUGGCAGCUACAGGGUAUUUGCCAUUAACAGCGAGGGCUCUGCUGAGUCCACUGCCUCGCUACUGGUGGCACACAGAGGGGAGCAGCAGGGUUUCACAGGGAAAGCAGGGUGUAUGCAGGAGAGCUGGCAGUGCCUGCUGCAGCAGCGGCAGGAGGACCGGCUGCGGGUGGUGCUCCGCUGCACUGGCUCGCCCUUUGACAAGGGACAGGAAGCAGAGCAGUCGCCUAGAGAUUUCUCCCCUGCCCAUGGCAUGGUACGAACCAUCUGUUUCCAGAGGCUGCCACUGGUGGGGCCUCACCGUCCAGGGUUGGCACAUGGUAGGGAGCAUAGUGGUACAGUGACAGAUGCUGAGGAGCUGCUGGAUGAGGAGAUCCGUUGGAAGCUACAACGGCUGCGGGAGGCAAAGAGAGCAGUGAUGAAAAAGAAGCAGGAAGCCCUCAUGUCCAUGCCUCAGGCGAGCCCUCCUGGGAAGCCCAGCCCACCUAAGGCUGCUGCCACAACUGAUGGCUCAGAGUCCCUCAUGGUGCAGGUAGUGAAGGGGUACUGCAAGCGUGGACUUCUGGAGCCCUGCCCACCCCUCUUUGUCCAGGAGGUCAAGCCCCAGGAGGCUAUUGAGGGGCACAGAUGCACAUUCUCCUGCCUCUUCCAUGGCCGCCCACAGCCCACAGUCACUUGGUACAAUAAUGCCAAGCCUGUGGGACGCAUCCGGGGCACCGCUGUUCACACCACAGAGUGCUGCUCUACGCUGACCUUCCCAUCCGUGCUCCCACAGCAUAGUGGCACCAUCACCUGCGUGAUCUUCAACCCGCUGGGCACAGUCAGCAGUUCAGCUGCACUCUAUGUGAGGCGGCAGAUGCAGGCCUACGUUGAAGAAAAGGAUGUGGAGGAAGAAGAGGAAGUCAGCCUGGCCUUCACAGCAGAGCAGGCACUGCCAAGUGAAGUUCCAGACUCAGACUUGCUGUCACUGCCUGUGGAAAUCAAAAUCACUGCCCCCACUCCAACACCAGAGCAAGACACAGAGACGAGGGAGACCACACGGCCCUCUCCAAACCAGACUGCUCCCAUCAUAAAGCACAAGUUCAAGUUUUCAUUUGAUGUGGGAAAUGAACCACCCCAAAUUGUGGCAGAAGCCCCAGCACACAUUCAUUGCCAUGAAGGAGAGGCAGUGGUGUUGGAGUGUGCUGUGUCUGGGCUGCCCCCACCAGCUGUGGUCUGGUCCCUGAAUGGUCAGUGCCUCUCUGCCAGUGAAAGGCUCAGGUUUGAGGAAGGCAAGAAUGGCAUAUACCGCUUGCACAUCCAAGGGGUCUCUGUCACAGAUGCUGGGCUGUAUUCCUGUAUGGCCAAGAAUGUGGCUGGAACAGCACAGACAGACUCUGAGCUGACAGUACAGCCCCGUGAAGCCAGAUUAUAUAGCAAGGAUGGAGGCACUAAGAAACUACCUUCUACGGACCAUGUUCUGCACCUUGAAGGCGUUUGCACAUUUGGGAAUAAUGAAGAGGAAAAGAUCACAGGUUCCAAAGAGGAGGAAGCACAGCUACCCUUGUCCCCGAGGCUGUCUCCCUCUCUUAGUGAGCAACUGGAAGGGGAAUGUGAGAAACCCCCUCACUUCAGGGAAAAUGAACUGGAGGAAACAGUGCAGGAUAUCAUGGAAAUUUAUGGUAGGCAAGAAACCAAUUAUACAGAAGAAAGUGUGAGGGAUACAGAUGAUAUUUCUGAGAUGAUUCAGCACAGGGGAAAAGCUGUCUCUGAGGAACACAGCUUUGGCAUUGAUAUCACUGAUCUGCAUCCUAGCAUGUCCAGAGAAGAACAUGAACUAGUGGCCAAGGACUCAGGUCACUUUUCAGAGGAGUUGGAGGCUGAAGGAGACAAGGUAGUACCACACACAGAUACUCUGUCCUGGGACAUCUUUAAGUCACCAUUUAUGGAAGUGAAAGGACAAACACAUGCCUCUGAGCAGCCUGUUCUGGCAAGGGAGUGUGAGGAUUCACAAUUCUUCAUUCCUAUAUCACCUGUGGAGCAAGUGGAAAGUGAUAUUUGCAUGCAGGAGAGUGAUGUCCCUGCUUGGGAGGCAAUGUCUCCUGAUGUGCCUCUUACAGAAAAGCCAAACAUGCCCCAGAUGCAGGACAACAGUGCAAGCACAACCACAAAGGAGCAGUUUGACUUUUACGAUUUCUCUGCAUCGGAGCAGCAGGAGGAACAGGCUAAGAAACAAGAGACAUCAGUUGGUAUCGAACAGGACAUGGAGGUUGAUGAUAAUCUUUGUAAAGAAGAAAUGAUUGAUGCUGGGGAUACCACACACUGGGAUAUUCACAAUUACAGACAAAUGCUGCAAGGAAUGGAGUCUGAUGCAGGCAACUCUUCUUUGGGUCUAAUCCUCGCUCCUCCUGGCAUAGAAACCUCAGGUCAGGAUUUUACUGAUGAAGUUGAGGUUCAUCCAGAAGAAGUACAAUUCAAAGAGCAGCUGUUGCCAUCUGAGACUGAUGAGACCAAUAUCACAUUUGAUCUGAAAAAGUUUGUGGAGCCUUUUCCAGCUGCAGAUACAGUGGGUACAGAACAGGCACAACCCCCUACAGCUCUGGAGAGCGUGGAGAUAGGAGUGACUGGGUUCAUCCCCGCUGUGCACGAACAUGAUGUGCUUGUGGAAGAGAUGUCUCUAAGUGAGGAGCUCAGUCAGAGCUAUAGGAUGCAGCAGGAGGAUGUCAGUUCCCAGGAAGAGGCACAGCCCAGAGAAAUCAGAAGGGCUGAUUUGCAAAUCCCUAAUGGGGACCAUGGCAGUAUCAUGAUAUCUGAUAAAGAGGGAUCUUCUGCUGAAGAAAUUAAUGAGUCAGAGCUGAGUGUCUGUGGGGAGGAUUUACUUGAGGGACAAAUUCAUAGUUUUCUGGUGGAGUCCACAGCAGAUUUCCAAAGAGGAGUGGAGGAAACACAUGUGUGGAAGACUGAAGAACUACUGGAGACCACAGACUCCCAAAGUGAUAGCUUCAUCACUGACUUGAAAAAAGCUGCAUGUGAACAGAAACCCAAGGCUGGGCAUCAGGUUGAGGAGGAAGAAGGUUCUGGGAUACAAAAGAUCUUUGAGACAGGAAUGAGCAUCUCCACCUGUGAGACAGAAAGCACAAAUUCUCCUGAAGAGAUGCUCAGGGACACCCAACAGGAAUCAAACACAAACAAGAGCUUCUCUUUCAGGCAACUUUUACUUGGUUUAAUAAUGGAUGAUCCUGUGGCACAGGAGGAGCAAAAGAAGGAGUCUUGGGACAAGAAGAGCAAUCCCACUGAGGAAGCCUCUGAGCACAGUCUGGAUAGAGAAGGACCAGGUCCAGAGCCCAGAGCUGUUCAAACCUUAGAGCUGGAGCCUGACUUGUCCCUGGCCAAGUAUUUAAGGUCAACUGGGAUGCAGAAAACUCCAGAUUUCAAAGGAACAGUUCAGAAGGACCAACGAGAGAACAUCACUUCACUGGAAGUGGAGGAGGUAACCUUCAGCACAGUUUAUGAAUAUUACAACAACCAGCAGGAACUCACCAGGCCCUUCUCUCCUGAGUCAGAAAUGUCUAUAGAGCUGGAAAGUGCAAGUGGAGAGGAGUCGCCUGAUUCAGACCGCUUCUACACACCUCCCUCCUCUGUCGAGAUCUUUGAAACUGCUUCAUCAGCAUCCUACCACACACCACUCAGCACCCCCGAGCGCUACUCCACACCAUCUGAAGGUUCAGAGUACAGCACACCACCCGAGCGCUACUCCACACCAUCUGAAGGUUCAGAGUACAGCACGCCACCCGAGCGCUACUCCACACCAUCUGAAGGUUCAGAGUACAGCACACCACCUGAGCGCUACUCCACACCGUCUGAAGAGGGCUCAGAGUACAUCAUGCCACCGGAGCGCUACUCCACACCAUCUGAAGAGGGCUCAGAGUACAGCAUGCCACCCGAGCGUUACUCCACACCACCUGAAGAGGGCUUAGUGUACAGCAUCCCACCAGAGCGCUACUCCACACCCUUCGAGGGUUCCAAAUGCAACACACCCUCAGAGCCCUACUUCACACCCUUUGGGGGACCCUGCGCUGCAGCAGGGGACAGCACGCCACCAGAGCGCUACUGGACACCCACUGGGGAGUAUAUGGACGCCCUGGCCAUGCUCUCCCUCUGUGAGAGAAGGCAGCAGCCUUCAGACCAGCCACAAGCUGAGGUAUUUGGGACCCCCUGUGAAGCACUAGAGCCAUCAGGCAGGCAGAUGCCACCUGCAUUCCUCAAGGCAUUGAGCAGGAAGAGGCUGUAUGAGGGCAGCACACUGAGGUUUGCAGCAAAGGUGGUGGGUGUGCCCAAGCCAGGAGUGAAGUGGUAUCAUAAUAAAUCUCUGUUGGAGCUGGAUGAGAGAAUGCGGAUAGAGAAGGAUGGGGAUAAGUGUGUGCUGGAGAUCACUAAUGUGCAGAAAGCUGAUGGAGGACAGUAUAUGUGCCAUGCAGUGAACAUUGUUGGGGAAGCUAAAAGCAUCGUUCAUGUGGAAGUUUUGUCUGAAGAUGGGCGGUCACUAGCACUGCCACCCCCUGUCACUCACCAGCAUGUAAUACACUUUGAUCUGGAGCAAAAUACGUCUUCAAGGUCACCUUCACCACAGGAAAUCCUCCUGGAAGUGGAGCUGGAUGAAAAUGAGGUAAAGGAGUUUGAGAAGCAGGUCAAAAUCAUAACCAGCCCUGAGUUUAGCCCAGAUAAGAAGAGCAUGGUUGUUUCCCUGGAUGUCCUUCCACUUGCCUUGUUGGAGCAAGCUGCAGGCUUGGCUGCAGAGAAUGAGGAUAUAAAAAUUGAUUUCCAAGUUACUGAAAUGCCUCCCCGAUUUGCUGUGCCCUUUUCAGAUGUCAAGGUGACAGAAGGCUUGGAGGCAGUGUUUGAGUGCGUGGUAACAGGUACUCCUGUCCCAGUAGUGCAGUGGUUCAGAGGUGACAUCUGUGUCACACCUGUGACAGGGAAGUAUGUUGUGAUUCAGAAGGAGGGACUUCACAGUCUGAAGGUCCAAAAAGUAGGUCCUUCUGAUAGCGGCUGGUAUCACUGUCGGGCAAUGAAUAGGUUGGGAGAAGCAACGUGUAAAGGCUCCCUCAUAGUCGUGGCUCAGCAGGGAGCAAGUGCUAACGUGAGCAGUGAGACAAUCACGGGCAAUGAACAACACAGAUCCCAGAAGUCUGACUUGUUUUUGUGCAAGACUGUGAGUCCAGGUCACCAGUCAGCAACAGAGCUGCAGUCUGAGUUCGAGCUGCAUAUAGAUGAUUCAGAGAAAGCAAUUCAACUGCUUUCAGUGGCUCAACAAGAGCAGGAAGUAGAAGGGGAGAAGUGUGUCAGCGUUAGUUUUGACGUAUUUGCAGAAACAUCCCAAGAGGAACUGGUUGAGUUUAAGGCAGAGGACUCUGAGGGCUGCAGCUUUGAGUUCCAGGUCACAGAAGCUGCUCCCACAUUUCUGAAGCUCAUUUCUGACUACAGUACAUUUCUAGGUGCCUCAGCAUGCUUCCAGUGUCUUGUGACUGGUUCCCCCGACCCAACUGUCCACUGGUACAAGGAUGGGGUGUUAUUGGAAGGGGACAGGUACUGUGUGCAGGAAGAGGAGGCGGGCUCUCAUAGCCUUACUAUUGAAAACUUGAUGCAAAGUGACAGUGGGCAGUACAAAUGUGUAGCCACUAAUACAGCAGGAACGGCUGAGACCUACAUCGCUAGCUCUCUUCCUGUGUCUUCUGAGGAAGGAAGAAGUGAAGGCUACAGCAGUGGCCUUCAGUUGCCUGAUAAAGAAAAAACACUUGAAUUUGAGCCUGAAAAAACAGUUUAUUCCAGCAAAGCAAAGAUGAAAAUGGAGGCAGGCCAAGCCCCUGUUUUCCUAAAACAGGUCUCAAAUGUUGAAGUCUGGCAGGGAGAUGUAGCUAGGCUUUCUGUUACUGUUACUGGCAGCCCCACACCCAAAGUCCAGUGGUUUUUCAACAGUAUGAAGUUAGCUUCAUCUACAGAGUGUAAGGUAGUGUUUGCUGGCAACGACCACAGCCUCAUCCUCCCAUAUGCAGGUGUGCAGGAUGAGGGUGAGUACACAUGUGUGGCCAGCAAUGAACAUGGUGAGACCACAUGCAGUGCCCACCUCCAUGUGCGUCAGCGGAUACCAGGGGUCCCUUGCUUUACCAGGAAGCCAGACAGCAUGCGGUGUGCACGGGGAUUCACUGCAGUCUUUGAGUACACUGUGGCUGGGGAGCCAUGCCCUGAUGUGCUGUGGUUCAAGGGGACUGAACAGCUUUUCCCUGAUGCACGUCGUUCUGUUGCUCACCACCCUGAUGGCUCAGGCUCCCUGAUAGUGCAGGAGUGCAUGGAGGAGGACACUGGGCUUUACACGUGCAAGGCAGUGAGUGCCCUGGGCGAGGCCAUAUGCUCUGCUGAGCUCCUUGUGCUGCCUGAGGAGCAUGCUGUUCGCAGGCAAAGCCCAGCCUUGAAGCACUCUGCAGUGGCGGAAGACCAGAGUCCCCUCUCUUAUGAGGAGGCUGGUGAGCUUCCUGCUGCAGAAGGAGCACUGAGACUUGAGGCCAUGAAGGAGCCCCUGGCCCUCCUUCAGCUCCAGAUGAGCCAGGAGGAGCACAUGCUGCCCAGGGAGGAUAUCUUGCCCAGCCUGCCACCAGCCUGCCUGGCUGCACAGAGUGUUGAAGAGAUGCUCACCCAGGCAGCCACAACACAAGAGAGUGUCAAGCUUCUCGCAGAGCCGCUGGAAACCCUCCCUGCUGGCCCCCAGGGUGUGGUGCCUGCAGCAGCUAUGGAGACACGACUGCCAGGCUGCCUUGGGACUGUAGCUGCACAGAUACUCUUGCCCAAAGAGGAGGUCAUCCCUGAGACAGCAGAGCAAAUGGCUGCUCUGAAGACCGAGGCUUCCCAAGCUCUUCUACAGGUGUCAAGCACCACUGAGAGCCGUGCCAUAGAUGGUGACCAUAUGCAGGUCCUUGAGGGCUUGCAGGCAAUGCAGGGUAAGCCAAAGGCUGAACCUAGACUCGCCUCUGAACUGGCGUUCACUGGGGGUCAAGCUGUUCCUCUGGAGACCGUUUCUUCCCUGGAAGCAGCAGAGGAAGACUUUGCUGCAAGAAUCCAUGAGGGACAGGCUGUGAGAUUUCCUUUGCUGCUAGAAGAAAAACAGCUCCUGGAGGAGGAACAUGUUGUCAGUCUUGUCAAAGAAGGAAAAUCCUGUGACAAAACCUCGAAGCUGGAGUCCCAGCAGGCUGAGACGACUAUGGAGGCAGAAAUACCCCUGGAGCAGCCUUUGUUUGCAGAAGUAAUCAACACUGUGACUGGGCAUAGUCAAAUCAAGGAUGUGGGCUCAGCUGCAGCCACUGCUGAUGUAGCCUCUUAUCACCACUGUUUCCUGAUGUCACUAUAUGCCAUAACGCCAUCUGUCCACUGA